AGUUCUUCUUAAGGCAGCCUUUUCGCUGGGUGUCUCCUUGCUUCCCCCUCCCAAAAAACCCUGGAGCCCAUCAUUUGGGGGAGGGAAAAGAAGAGGAGGACCCCAGAGCUGGGAGACGCAUUCACGUGUACCGGGAGGGUGUUGCACCAUAUUUCGGAGCAGAUCUGCCCGGGUUUAAGAAGAGGCUGAGCUGACGCGAGAACUAGUUCAGCAUCAGGUGAGUGAGGGGCGUGCGUGUGUGUGUGUGUGUGUGUGUGUACGCGCGCUUGCUUGUGUAUUCUUCAUAGACCUGGGGGCUGGACUUUGGGCUGGGUGCCCCAGGAGUACCGUCCUCACUCCCCUGACCCUGUAGCAGCAACAGCACUAGAACUUGUGUAAUAGUCCCAAGCUGCAUUUGCUGCUGGGCUUGCCAGCCUCUACCAGCCUCAGAGCUAAUUCUCCAAAGCUGGGGCAGAGUGGAGGGAUGACAACCACAGCUAUAACAGAUAUCCGCGUCUCCCGUCAAAAGCUGCAGCAAUCUACCGCUCGGCCGCGUGCGCAUCUGUCUGGGCAGUGGUCGGCGGCUGGCCUGCUGGGCUGGGGGCGGGUGGGAGACAUGGGGGGUACCUGCUCCCCAGCUAGCGCUGGCAUUCCAAGGCUAGCCUGCAGACCAAGUUCCAAGAGGGGAAGGGUAGUCUGCCUUCAUUCCUCUAUCCCUUCCUACCAUCAAAUGCUGGUCUUGGAAUCGAAAGGAAAGGAUGAGGGGGGCUGGGGGGCAGCCCUGUGCAGCUUUUUCUGAAAGAGGGCAGGUUGUGCAUUGCAGCGCUGAAGGGGAGGACCUAAGCACACAAGCUCCAGUUGACAAACAUUUUACAAAUAAAGCAAACUGUCCAUGAAAUGGGAUGUUGAUGUGGGCACCAGCAGAAGCAGACUUGCUUGCAUUUCCUCCCAUUUUACCGUUUAAGAGACUACCUGGGUGUCCUGCAUUGGAAACAGUAUUGUAGGCAAGAUCUCUACAUUGAAAGAAGUAGGAAAUAAUUUUUUUAAAAAACAUUUCAGAGGAUGUUGCAGAUAUAAAUGGUGGAAGUUGCCUUCCUGCUCUGACACUGGCCGACAGGUGCUUGUGAUAGUUGCCUGGCCAUGUCCUACUCAGCAGUUACUCCUCGCCUGUUUUAAGUCUUAUGUGUUCAGUUUAUCCAUAUGUUUUAUCUUAUGCUGCUCUGUGACUGAAAUAAACUUUGAUACCGAUACUGAUACUCAGCAGUUACUAUGUAGGCUUGAAAAUAGCUGCUUGCCUGUGGCAAGUAAAAGUUGCCUCUGGCAAGAAUGCUUUUCUAGGUUGGAAGAGUCUGUCUCCUCCCUCUCAAUUUCAUUUUCCUUUUUGCAGGCCUUAGACACGCUACAAAUAACUAUGACUAGACAGGGACUUGUGAAAAAAUUUUUUGCAGGCUUGUAACUUCUGUGGACUUCAUUUGCAAGGCUGCAUUAUCAUAGCUGAUGGGCUAGAUGGGAACAGAGGGCAGGAAAAGACAAUAAGUGAUGGCCGUGACUUUCCUGAACAACAGGGUGGGGUUGUCUGGAAAAAUGUAGAGAGUACCAGGCCAUGCAGAUAAAGGACGGAGGGGGAGUUCUCAUUUCCCCUGCCUCUAUUGCAAUGAAUAGGAACUCUGCUUUACAGCUCACUCUUAAGAUCUCAUGUCUGUCUUCACCAGUAAAUGGCAACCACAGGAGAGGGCUGUCUCAAGACAAAGAACACAUUUUUAAUACUUUCAGUGAGCGUGUUCUUACCCAGUAGAAGCUUCUAGGUUAAGGCGGGGUCACUGCAGAGUGUGGCCCAUCCACAUCUCAGCUUAGUGUGUCUUGCGAUCCCCCCAUGCUUCCUGUGGCUCCUUAGCCCACUUGGUGUUCUCCUCCAUUUACUGCAGCCUCACAUUUUCUUCUCCCUAGAUCUGGAGAUUCCUUAAAGGUAAAGGGACCCCUGACCAUUAUGUCCAGUCGUGACCAACUCUGGGGUUGCGGCGCUCAUCUCGCUUUAUUGGCCGAGGGAGCCGAUGUACAGCUUCCGGGUCAUGUGGCCAGCAUGACUAAGCUGCUUCUGGUGAACCAGAGCAGCACAUGGAAACGCCAUUUACCUUCCCGCCGGAGCGGUACCUAUUUAUCUACUUGCACUUUGAUGUGCUUACGAACUGCUAGGUUGGCAGGAGCAGGGACCAAGCAACGGGAGCUCACCCCGUCGCGGGGAUUCGAACCGCCGACCUUCUGAUCGGCAAGUCCUAGGCUCUGUGGUUUAACAUCCGUUGCAUAGGGAACAUCUGAUUUAGGGAGGAGAAAAUUUGGGGUGGUAGUUGGAGGAGAAUGUCACCAGGAUGAGGAGGAAUUAAAGGGGGCACAAGGGGUUCCCAAUGGGCAUUAAGCCAAGGUAUGGAUGGGCCGUAAGACUAAACUAUGUGGGGCAGAAGAUGAGUAGUCCUUGGGCAGCUGAUCCAGACUAGCACCCUCCAGAUGUUUUGGACUACAAUUCCCAUCAGUUGGCUGGGAUUAAUGGGAACAUAUGGAAGGUGCCAGAUUGGGGAAGGCUGCAGUAGGACAUGCUCUGAAGACUCCUGAUACAGCCAACCACUUGGUGAAGCUAACAAGACUUGGGUCUGGGAGUGACCUCCCAGACCAUAUACUGAAAAACUGGUCCUAAAGGAUCUUCUGGCUCCCAGUAUGUUUGCAAGUACAAUUCAAAGUGUUGGCGCUGAUCUUUAAAGCCCUAAACAGCCUCGGCCCUGUAUACCUGAAGGAGCGUCUCCACUCCCAUCACUCAGCCCGGACAGUCAGACACUUAGGUCCUCCUCCAAGGGUCUUCUGCUGGUUCCCUCACUGCGAGAAGUGAAGCUACAGGGAACCAGGCAGAGGGCCUUCUCAGUAGUGGCGCCCACCCUCCCUUCAGAUGUCAAGGAAAUAAACAACUAUCUGACUUUUAGAAGACAUCUGAAGGCAGUUCUGUUUAGCGAAGUUUUUAAGGAUGUUUUUAGAUAUGUUGUAAGCCACUCAGAGUGGCUGGGGAAAGCAGCAGAGAAUGCCUAGGAGCCCCCUGGGCACUUCUAUAUGCCACCUUGAGCUCCAUGGAAGAAAGGCAAUAUAUAAAUGUAGUCAAUAAGUAAGUGCCUCCUAAUGACUGGAUGUUUUCUUCCUUGGCACAGGGCAAGUGAGCGCAGCAUCUCAUGAGGAGAGAGAGCUGCUGCUGCCGCUGCCGCAGCCUUUUUUGCCACCUGCACUAGAGAGCUCUCCAUCCUUCCAUCUCUAAGGUAGAGUUGGGACGUGCCAUGGACCAACUGAUGAAUCUCCUCUACCUCAACUUCUCAGAGCAGCUGAGCCUGCUAGAGGAAAAGGACAUGUCCUGCAGCGACUCUGUGGGGAACGGUACUUUCCUGAUCGUAGCUUACAGCGCAGUCAUUGCAGUGGGGUUGAUUGGCAACCUCUGCUUGGUGUGUGUCAUCAUCCAGCAGAAGGAGAUGAGAAACGUCACCAACAUCUUCAUCGCCAACCUCUCCUGCUCUGACAUCCUCAUGUCACUUGUUUGCAUGCCUGUCACGGUCAUUUACACCUUGAUGGACCGCUGGAUCUUAGGAGAAGUGCUCUGCAAGGCCAGCCCCUUUGUCCAGUGCAUCUCCGUCACUGUCUCCAUCCUCUCCCUCGUAUGGAUUGCCCUGGAAAGGCAUCAGCUCAUCAUCAAUCCGACUGGGCGGAAGCCAGGAGCUAACCAUGCGUACCUGGCUGUGGCCAUUACCUGGGUGGUGGCCUGCUUCAUUUCCCUGCCCUUCCUCUCCUUCACCAUCCUGACCAAUGAGCCCUUUCAGAACUUAAGCCUUCCCUUUGACCCGUUUGCCAACCACGUGGCCUGCAUUGAGCACUGGCCAUCGGAUCAGCAUCGCCUAGCUUACACCACCUUCCUCUUGCUUUUCCAGUACUGCCUGCCCCUGCUCCUCAUCAUGGCCUGCUAUUUCCGCAUCUUCCUGCGCCUUCAGCGUCGCAAGGACAUGGUGGAGCGCUCCAAGGAUGGCUCCCGGGCUACUAGCCACAGGAAGGUCAACAUUAUGUUGGCUUGCAUCGUCGUUGCUUUUGCCGCCUGUUGGUUUCCACUCACUGUCUUCAAUGCCCUCUAUGACUGGGACCAUGAGAAGAUCUCAGUGUGCUACCACAACUUCAUCUUCUCCCUCUGCCACCUUAUGGCCAUGGCUUCCACUUGCAUCAACCCCAUUAUGUAUGGUUUCCUCAACAGCAAUUUCCAAAAGGAAGUCAAGGCAUUGCUGUAUCGCUGCAGCUGCAGCAGUGAGAAGGACAAGUAUGAAAGCUUCCCCCUUUCCACAGUCAGCACUGAGAUCUCCAAGGCCUCGCUCCAUAGCGGGGCUGGCACCAGUACCCACGCGUGACUGCCAAGAUCCCAUGCAGUGCCUUCCAACAGCAACCAGUCCCUUUCUCAGCUGAGCCAAGCUGGAAGUAUCUCCGCUGUCUGCAUAUUUCCAAUUCUCUGGUUACUCCACCCCCCAACCCAUCUCAUACCAAACUUGUAUCAGGGAUCAUCUGCAAUUAUCUGGGGUAUCCCAUUUCAAACAAAGAAUAUGUACUGAGGUGGGGAGGGAAUGACCCAGAGGAUUGGGGAACAGUGUGUCUUGAGUUCGAAUCCAAGCUUGCCCAUCAGUUAUUCUCUUUGACCCUUAACCCAUCUUAACAUUUGGAGCUUUGAAAACUUCCUUGAGAAUAUGGUUGUACUCCACUAAAACGGAUGGAAACUGUGAGUUCUGGGAAAAUAACUAAGCAACUUACAUUCUGCUUAGCCUCUCAAGAAGAUCCAAGGGCCCCUAAAUAAAUCAUCCAACUCUGUUAAGAGUUGCAUUCAUCAGCAUUAGGCAACUUAGAAGCAGAUCGUCACAAAUGGUCCUUCAAAGAGAAGAUUGAUCAUGGCAAAGAAACAUUUCCCGAAAGAAAGCUUCCCCAGCACUCCUGAUUUUUUUGUGCUAGACUGAACUUCAGGACAACAUUGGGUGUGUCCUAGGUUGUAUUCUCCAUUCAGAUGGACCAACUUGGGCUUGACAGGCCUGGUCAUUGUCCUACAUGAACUAAAUGUGUUCCCUGGUACAAGGACCGAAGCUCGGUGGUAGAACAUCUGCUUUGCAUGCAGAAGGUCCCAGGUUCAAUCUCCAGGCUGGAUUGGAAGGAGACUCCUGUCUCACAUCAUGGAGACCCACCACUGCCAGUCAAUAUAGGCAGCACAGAGCUGGAUGAACCAAUGGGCUGAUGUCCUGUGUUCCAGAAACGUCUGCAGUGCUCUGGGAAUCCAUGGUAGACGUGUCCCUUGAAAAGCAUUUUUUGAAGGUAGGAACCUGGAAAAACAAUGCCCUAAGUGAGUCUCCAUCUCCAUGCAAAUGGAAUUAUCCUGGUUGAAGAAGAGCUUUAAAAAAUAGAACUGGUAAGAUCCAAACUGGUUCAGCUGAAAUCCUUAGUAUGAAAUGUCUGGGUAAUACAGCAAGAUUUUGAGAGAGCCUCCCAGUCAUCCCAACGGCCAAGGCAGAAAACUUUAACGGCCUUCCUCUACCCCACCCUGGAUGGUUUAGUCUGCAUUUUCCCCACCUGAAGAAAUGUUUUGCCCCACUCAAAAACUUGCUAUCAUGUCCUGUCAAUAUAAUUGCAUCAAUUGAAACUUUGUUUGAUCUUCUCUCUUUCUUUUGAAUAAUAAUAAAGCAAGCAUUUCCAUAAUAGAAACUGAGAAAGAUGAGAUAUUGUUCUGAUUGGUUCUGCCCUUUUAUUUCCAUGAAAAUUAGUCCAUUUAAUAUAAAGAACUUAUGAGUUUGGAAUGUGUAUUAAGACAUGGAGCUUGAAGGGUUUUGGCUUUGAGAGCUCUGCCUUCAUUUGCCUAUUGGAACUACCGUAUAUGAUCAGCAAUUCUCAUUUAUUGCACAUUUACUGGGGAGAAGGGGGUGAGAAAUACUUCAUUCCUAAAACUCUCUGGAUGCAAAAUGCACUGCAUUAAAAGGAUGAGUCAAUGAGUGCUGGCACUGCAUAAUCCAGCUGAGGACAGUGAUGUGUAGCUUAGUGUCCCUUUUUUUUUCUAACACAGGGAGACCGUUCAGAACGGUAUUAUCAUUUUAGCCUUAAUAUUUAAAUCAGGAAUGAACAGGAUCUGGCCUUCAGAGGGCACCUUUUCAUCAGAUGGCCUGAGCAAAUGUCAGUCACAUGAGGAUGUAAUCAGUUUCCCUCAUCAGGAUAAAGAAAAAGUUGCCAUCUUGUAAGAAACAAAGAGUCCCCCGUGUUUCAGGGUACAUCUCUCUCAUGCAUGUAAUAUGUAAAUGUGCACAACUGAAUGUUAUGCUGUGCCGGAGUGCAUAUGCCUUCUACCAGCCUUCCCCCCAAGCUGGGACUCCCCAGGCGUCUGGGGCCACAAUUCCUAUCAGUCCAGCCAGCAGGGAAGCCCUUGCAGAUGAGUGGCUGCAGCUCUACCGAGGACCCUGCACUCCCACGAGGGGGCUGGCUUUGGGUAGUGAAAUGCAUUUGCAACCGGAAGCUCAUUGUCUGGAGAGGAGAGCAGCCCUCAAGAACAGAAAAGUGGGCUAUCCCCAAUUUAAAUAAAUCCAUGAUUGAGGCAGAGGUGAACAUCCAAAACAAAGCAAAUGCAAAUCCCAGUUGCAUGUUCCAACCAAGGAAUUUAAAUGGCAAAUGGCAGCUAGAUGCAUAAUUAUUUGUACAGCUAAAUUCAGUUUUCUCCCUGCUGCUGGUGCACUUAAUGGGGAGAUCAGGCAACUGACUAUACGACUACCCAUCCUUAAUGCUACAAGUAACACAGAUGGUCUAUUCUGUCUUUAUUGCUUAUUAGGAGCUUAGAUACCUCUCACUUGUUUCUUGAGAACAGUCCUCUUUUUUGGGGGGGGGGGAACUACCGUAGUUGCUGACCAAGGCUCCAUAAUGAUUAAUCUGAAAAUAAUGUAAUUGAAAUUCUUAGUAAGUUGAGCUUUGUAAUAUUUUUCAGGGGGUGGGAAUCCAUUCAAGAUAUCAGGACGCUGUCACAGGCAAGAUUCCGUUCAUUCAAAUCAGAAUGGCAUCUGUGGUAUUGCACUAUUUACAGUCUGUAGCAGCCUUCCCUGACCUUUGGUCAUCCAGGUGUUUUGGACUACAAGUCCCAUAAUUCCCAGGCAGCAUGACCAGUCAGGAUAGUGGCAGUUGCAGCCCCAAACAUUUGGAGGCACAACGUUUUUGGCAAGCAGGUCUAAAGCUUUAACUCAUUCAUCACCUGGGCCAAAACCAAAUGGCACAAGUGUGUAUGUAUGUUUGUGUGUGUGUGUGUGUGUGUGUGUGUGUGUGUGUGUUUAAAAAUGCCAUUAGGUUUGAGUGAAUGAUUGUAACAACGAAUUAAAAAGAAAAUAGUAAAGAUGGCAUUUCCUUGUAUUAGUGCGAAGUCACUUUUUAAUCAUCUUCUACAUUGGCUCACAUUUCUUUCAAAAUCACCCAGAAUUCCUGACCAGUGUGAGCGCUCUUGUUCUGUUUCAUAAAUUAGUUGUAAUUGAUCUUUCUGCCAUGCUUUCCUUAAUAUUAUGUUAUCAAUCAGUAAAAACUGUGAAGUGUCUUGUGGCACCUCAAAAGCUAAAAAAUAUUAUUAUUAUGGCAUAAAGUUUCAUGGACUACUACAGUUUAGAACAUUUUUCCAUUUUGGCUUGUGGCUUUAAUGAAGACUGAUUUGACAUGGGACAUUUUGGGUUUUCACUCUGAUCAGAAAAUCCAUAAUGCAAAAGAAAGUGUAUUGCUAGCCAAUAUGUUACUGUUGUAAAGAUAAAAAUAAAAAUCUGGACCUCAGACUAAAAGACUAAACCUUCAGAAGGUGACUAAGACAUAUCACAAACUUUUUCACAGGUAAAAUUCCACUAGACUUCCUGGGGCUAACUUUUAUGGAGAUAGCUUUGGGCUGGGAUAUCAGCUAUCUCACUCCCUACCCUGGUCCAUUUCUAGUCCAUUUAUUAACUGAGUCUCAUGCCCUGGCAAAAAUGCUGCAAUGUUUGGGAUGCACAGAUCAAGCCAGAGGAUUUUUUCAUAACAUUCAUAGGAAAGACAUACAAGAUCGUAUCUAAUGCUAGCCAUAGAGUUAUUUUUUUGAGAUUCACAGUCAUGGCUAACUUAGGUAGAUUGAUUUCAAUGGGUCCACUCUGAGCAAAAGUUAGUUGGACACACUCUGAUAUUUACAAGCAUAAAGCAAGCAUUCUAGAAUAUUUGUCUAAGCUAAGUGUGUUCUUCCAACCUUUCAACAUCAGCUGAAUGUAUCCUAAUGCCUGAUCUCUUAAUAUGGUGAUGUCUGCUGACUCCUAGAUCUAGGAACUUGCGGGCAAACAGUGCUUGUGUUUUCAACCAGUUUUGAAACAUGUACUUUAUUUAACUGCAUAGGCAUGGGUCUACUUUGUGAGAAGAAGAAAGUCUGUUUUGCUGCCACUUCCUUUACCUAAUACAUGAGCAAUGUCCUUUAAAUAAACUUGAGGCUGCACAUGGAAAGCAAGGUGUGUGUCCAUGUUCCUGGGUUAGUUGUGAGCAAGCUUGCUUACUGAGGACAGGAAAAAACUUUGCCCAUGUUCAGAUAUGCUUUUCUCCAGUGAACCAGAACAUGUGGAGAAAAAAACCCUGAUGUAGACUGGCCCUCCACAACAUGGUGCAGACGUCUUGGACUUCAACUCCCAGCUGCCCCUUUGCCAACACAGCAGGUGGAAGUUGCAGUUUGAAACAUCUGGAGGGUACCAGCCUGGGGAAGGAGGGGAUCCGUGGUCUCCCUCUAAGCCUGGCAGGAACUGACAGGAACAGGGACUCACUAAAGCAGUGUAAAAGUUAAGGUUCUUUAUUGAAACUCCUCCAGGUUUGAUGCCAGGUUCAAAAUCACUGGGGUGAGAUAGAAACCGUCCCUAACUGGCAGUGGAGGCCAGCCUUUUUCUGACCCAGAAUUCCUCAGAAAUAUAGUGGCUACACUACAAUUUUAUAUUAUUUCUAAACCAUUUAACUGUCUUGGCUUCAUCCUGAAGAAUCUUGGAAACUAUAGUUGCUGAAGAUGUUUAGGUGAGAGUUUGGCUCUCUGGCCACAAGAUGGUUGUUUUAGGGCAAGCAGGCAGGACAACAAGGGACAUUUUUCUUUGCAACAGAAGGGCUAGAAAAACAUUGCUAGCCUCUUUUUUAUACAACAAGUGUUUUUCUCCUUGAAACUAACUUGGAGAGUAUAUUUAUGUCACAGUCAGUUAAAAAGAUAUCCCCAUGCAAGCUGUCAGACCACACAGCAAAUCUGAUAGUUCUAUAUCAGUUUAAUCAUCAAGGUCCUCCCUCUGCCCUCAAAGAAUCCUGGGAUCUGUAGUUUUAUGAGAGUGCUGGUAGCUACAGUUCCCAGCCUCCCAUGAAGCAAAGUUCUGACUUCUGAAGCAGUUUGGCUCUGCAGUGUAGAUGUGCCCUUUAACUGUGCAGAGGCUCAUUUGGUCUGUGAAAUCGACUUCUUCUUCUUCUGUUUUGCUUGAACUAUAAUAACAGUAAUCCAAUUAUAUUCCAGGGAGGGGGUAUGUGCCAUAAAACUGGUUGUAUUAUAUGGCUCCCCCCCCCAAAAAAAAAACCUGCUAGGAAAGAAUAAAACAUGCUGCAGUUACAAAAUCCCAACUGUCUUUUCUUUGGCUUUGUUGUGUCUCUCCUUUGGUGUGUGGACUUGGGCAGGGUGUGCCAAGGAGCACUCAAACUUAUGGGACAGGUCAGAGGGUGGGGAUUGAGGGGCACACGCAUACUCUCAUGACACCAACCCCCCCUUUGUGGAGGGGGGUUCCUCGCAUUUGGCCUGCUGCCUCCCUCACCACCCCGGCCUCAAGUCACAUAGAUGGACCAGGGCCAGCAGUCAACAUGGGACGGCUCCCACAGGGGGCUUGAGCCACAGCUGUAGCCUCUCUCCCAAGCUGGUGUCAGAAGAGACUCCAGCACCAAAGAGGAGGGAAGGUCAGGUCAGGGUGGCGGAGGAGUCCAAGUGGUGGCUGAAGAGAUGCACCAAUGGGGGGUGAGGAAGGAGAGGGCGAGGGAGGCAAAGGAGGUUGCUCCUUCCCCCUUCUUUCUAUUGUCGCUUGUCAGCCACACCUACAGUAAUGCAGCCGCCAUUUUGGGCCAGCUGCCACCCUCUCAUGCCCACUGGUGUCAAGGAGGAAAGGGCUUCUCUUGGGGUUGGGGAGGAUAAUACAGCAGUUGCAAGGACAGUGACAGAGAGUGAGGAGAAGAGAGGUGGUGGGCAACAUCAACUGUUAUAGGAAUUCUAAGGUCUUAUAUAUAUUAAAUAAACGUUCAUAAAAAUGUACAUGGCAAACACAUACAUAAGUAUAUAAGCCAUGUGUCUGAAAUAGUACAGGAGAACAAUCCUGAAGCCAUUUUGACUCUUCCAGUAACCUCAAAUGUUCUCCCCAUUGCUCACAAAUCCUGUCUUAAGGGUGAGCCUGUGACCUGGAUUCAGGAACUGAGUAUUUACCAUCACUAAAGAAUGGCUUGGAUAGUGUUCUUGAAGCUACCAGCAUGAGUUUGACUAAACUGCGGGAGGCAGUGGAAGACAGAAGUGCCUGGCGUGCUCUGGCCCAGGGGGUCACGAAGAGUCGGACAUGACUAAACGACUAAACAACAACAAAGAAUGACCAGGCUGCCCAGAUGUAGCAAUGAUUGACCAUUGACAGGUUUUCUGCUGCAGACCACCCCCUGUGAUUUAUUUCUGCUGGGGACCCCCUCUUUCUGUGACGUAUAUAUGAUGUUUUGGGCGGUGGUCUUGAGCUACAGGGGAGGCAAUUUCAAAAGUCUAUAUAAGAGCUUGCACACCAUUGUUCUAGGUUCUUCUCCUCCCUCCCUGUGUGGGGGGAGUGGGGGGAUUCUGUUGCAACAGUUCAAUAAAGAUCAGACUUAUUAGCUGCUUUGCUUCUC